GAUGUGUCGGUGGAGGUGAAUGAAUAGCCUGAGAAGGAAGAAUCUAUUUUAUUACUAUUAUUGUUUCCGUGUUACAAAAAAUGUAUUCAGAUAUAAAACUUUAUACAGCCUGUUCCGGAGAUGUCUGCGAUGUCUUGUCAUCAAAAAACCAGCGAGUAGAAAUCCUGAGAAUCAGCUGAUGCUGCAGAAAUCUUAUAACUCGUUAGAGAGCAUUUUGUAACAUUUAGUAUAUCGAGAACUUUGAGCGAAUAAAGUUCUGCGGUAAAAUGAAUCUCCGCGAAAUAAUAAUUAAAGUACAGAGUGUUUUAAUACCGCGCUCUUCGUAUUUACGCCGUGUUUGUAAUAGAGCCUGGUGUACACAUUUACGGAGUGAUUCACGACAAACUUUAUUAAAAAAAUUUAAAUUUUUAAUAAAUCACAUCAUUUUACGUAAUAUUAUAAAAUGUUUUAAUCGCGGAUUGUUCUCUGGUGAUCGUGACAUCCUACAUAUUAUUUAUAACGAAAUUGUGCGACGUGGCUUACACAAUACGGCUUACGUUAAAAAUAUUGUAUCCAGAUAUGAUGAACGACAUAGUAAGUAUAACAAAUUUGCAGAAGUUGGUUACAAUUCGCUCAUCUUAACGUAUCAAGAGAGAGGAGGGAAGAGAGUAAUCGAAAUAAUAGAUAUUUUAUUAGACAUACAAGAGAUGCUAGCGAAUGACGAGGACGAUACAUUUCUAAUUGAGUGUAUCGAGCAAUUUGAAAACUGUAUUCCAACCACGAGCCCUAACAAUAACGAAUUAAUCGGUGAAAAUAGCAUCACUGAUAACACUGCUAACACUGCAGAUAUUACGGAUAAUACUGGUACGAUUAAUGAGGAAAACAAACACGAUAUAAAUAAUGAUCGUGACAACUCUAAUGAAUUUUUAAUGGAGGGUGGAGGAUGGCUGUGGCAGGAAUUUCUAAAACUUCCUCAACCAACGGCGUUAGAAACGAUACAGAGUGGUUACGUUAAUAAAAAACCAUUUGACGCUGUACAAGAUGUCGGCUUAAUUAAUAACGCCGUUUGCGCUGAUAAUAAUAAUGAGUUUCCGCGGUUUUCUCAGGAACUAUCGUUGGAAAUGGAACAGGACGUUGAUGCUAUACAGAGUAUCUCUAUGGUUAGACCCGUGACAAUAACAGACAAAUCGUUGGAAAUAGUGCAGAACGAUGAUGAUAUACAAGGCACCUCUUUAGUGGAGUCUACGACAAUAACAAACGAGGUCACCGAUACUAAUAACGGGUCUGUACCUGUGAGUCAUACGACGGAGGUCGUAAACUCGUUUAAACACCUUGAAGAUUAAGUAUAUCAUCAAUGCAAGUGGGGUGUGGUCGCUCUACUGCUGUAGAAGUGGGGGAAAAAGAAGAGUCGCACGAGAUUAGGAGAGAAGGCG